GGCUCACACGCGUUCUAUUUGUGAGUUUAUCUGGCAACGCAUAAAAAUCAGCUGUUACCGGCGUUAGUUAUUGUUGUGCUAACGUUUAGAAGACGCGCUUUUAAAUUAAGAUGACGGAAUCCACAGAAACUUGCCACUUCUGUAAAGAGACGCCUUUCAAGUACACCUGCCCCAAGUGCAAUGCGCUUUACUGUAGCGUUGCUUGCUACAAGUCCAAACCUCAUUUGAAGUGUUCCGAGGAGUUCUAUAAGGCGUGCAUACAGGAUGAGCUGGCAAGUGCCACAACGACACCCGAGAGUCAGCAGGACAUGCGCAAGAUAUACGACAUAUUAAAGCGAAUGCGCGCAUCAGAUGCCGGCUUUAAACCAGAGGAUUUCGAUGCGGAUGGUCUGGACAAUCCUUUGGACUCGGAUGACGAACAGCAGGAAGAGGAUGGGGAUGAAAAUGAGGGAGAUGGCGAUGAUAUUGACCCAUCGUUGGCAGAAGAAGUUGUCGAGGAUGAUGAGGAUAUUGCGGCACGUUUGAAAGGCAUCGAUAUCAACGAUGCCGACGAGGUCUGGAGCCGUUUAACAAUGGAAGAGCAACAGGAAUUCCAAAAGCUAAUUGCCAGUGGCGAUAUUAUGAAACUGAUGCCCGAUUACAAACCCUGGUGGUCCAAGCCAAAGAAUUCUAAGAUUGUGGUCAUCAAUGCGCCAACAGAACAACAAUUGAAUGUGCCUGAAAUUCAAGAGAAUAUUCCGAAAUUCACAGACAUCUGCAAGAAGACCCCAUCGCCUUGCCUCCACUAUAAUCUGUGGAACAUAUUGAGCGCCUAUGCGUGCAUAGCACGUUUCUUUGGCGGCGAACAACGCACGAAUGCGAGUGAAGCCGUCGCCCAUUUGGUCAAUCUCAGUUCCACGUUGAAGUAUGGCACCAACUUUGAGGAUGCCGAAGAUGCCAUCAUUUCGGUAGAGAUGGAGGCAUGCACCACGGGCAAUGGACCAGCUGGAGCGGCUGCUGUGGGCAGCGCGGGAGGAGGUAACAAUUUCCUUGUGGAGAGUCGUGAUCAACUUCAGGAAGAUGCUCGGCAACUGAUGUCCACAAGAAAUAACAAAUUAUCAGCCUUGAGCGAUAUACUUUAUUUGUUACAGUCUACGAAAGCGUUGAGUAAACGUAAAAAUCCGGAGGAAGCUGCAUUUCAAAAGGUUUUUGCACUAGCCAGUGGAAGUGUUGAAUUAAAUCGAACGAAACUCACGCAACUUGUAAAGAAAAUUGAGUUCAUGCUGUCGUAUGUGACAAGGGAGGAGAUUCUGUGAAAUUUCUGCCAAACCAAAUCUAAAUUGUAAAAGCAUAUUUGUUAUAAUAAACUGUAUUCUUU